GUCGACAAUGACGCCGAAGUGCUUCUUCGGCGACGGGAAGAGGGGGGGGGGAGAAGAGGGGCGGCGGAGAUGGACAUCAUUCCAUUAGAUAAGGGUGCUCGCGGCAUCGCAUGAGACAUCCACCACCUUCCUGUUUCAAUGCUCUUCCAGCAGCGUUCUAGAAGGGGUCGUAUUUGGGGGAGACGGCCUACAGCGUCUGGUACGGGUCCUGGGUCGACCGGGUGCUGCGUUCCCAUUCGCUUUUCAGUGUGCCGUCAAUUCUCCAGCCAGGCCACGCAGCGCCGAGCGCGACCUGGAUGGCUGGACUUGCGGCCGAAUGAGGAGAUGGCCGGGCCGCUCGAGGACGGCGAGUCCGCGGGUGGACGUCCCGUGCUGGGCAAUCCUAACACCAUCAUGCAGGCGGCCGUGCUUCUGGAAUUAGGUGCGAUGGAACGGCCGCGAGAGCAUAUCGUCGUCCGCAGCUGGGCCCGGGAGGCGUGGCGGGUGGCCGAUGACGAAUGGCGAGAGGCACAGGUGGGGAAAACUGGAAUCUUUCUAGAAGACGUUCCUAUUCCUCGCCGAAUCACAAACCCCCUUCGGGUGUGGGGUGAACCCCCUCCCCGUGGGCCAGGGUAGGGGGGCUCGGGAAUGGUAACGAUACGUAGCGUGCAGGGGGUGGAGAGAGAGGGGGGGCCAGAGAGCUUGCGAGCCCCAACUUGCCUGCCCGAGGAGCCCCUAGCUUAGCUAGCCGAGGGUCUACAUUGUCCUUUCGCUUCCCAGUGUCCUAGGCGACGUGACGUGUGCAGAUGGAUGUGGAAAUGUGUACGGAGAGAGAAGAGAGAAGGGGAAAGGCGUGGGGAAAUCCAGCCGGCGAUCGCGGGCGACGGGCCAGAAGAGG